AUGGCAUUAACAUUCUCCGACAUUUUCAAAUUCGUGUUUGCGGUCUUACUGCCACCAAUCGGUGUGCUCCUCGAACGCGGAUGCGGUAUGGAUUUAGUGAUAAAUAUUUUGCUCACGAUACUUGGAUAUAUUCCUG